UCAAAAUAAACUUGUGGAUCAUCGAUCUGCCAAAACCAAAACCCCAAAGCUAAAGUUUUUCGUCUCCAUCCACAGAAUUCCCAAACCUAAACCACCAGUGCAUAUUAGCAUCCAACAACAACAACAAGGUCACUCUGCUCCUGCAAAAUCCAGAUCUUCAAAUUACAUCAAAUUCAGAUCAUCAACAUAAAAUUCAGAGGUGCUGAGUGUAAUUGAACUCCCUUGGCUGCUCCAGCAGAACAAGAACACAACAAUGGAGCAGUUAAAAACAAUCGGACGUGAAUUAGCAAUGGGUUCCCAAGGUGGAGGAUGGGGAUUAUCAAAAGAAUUCCUAGAUCUUGUCAAAUCAAUCGGUGAAGCUAGAUCUAAAGCUGAAGAAGAUCGAAUAGUAUUACAUGAAAUCGAGACAUUAAAAAGAAGGAUAAUCGAACCUGAUAUACCUAAAAAGAGAAUGAAAGAGUAUAUACUUCGUCUUGUUUAUGUUGAAAUGUUAGGUCAUGAUGCUUCUUUUGGGUAUAUACAUGCUGUUAAAAUGACACAUGAUGAUUCCUUAGUGUUGAAGAGGACUGGGUAUUUGGCUGUCACGUUGUUUUUGAAUGAAGAUCAUGAUUUGAUUAUAUUGAUUGUGAAUACCAUUCAGAAGGAUUUGAAAUCGGAUAAUUAUUUGAUUGUUUGUGCUGCUUUGACUGCUGUCUGUAAGUUGAUUAAUGAAGAAACGAUUCCGGCGGUGUUGCCUCAGAUUGUUGAGUUACUGGGGCAUCAGAAAGAAGCUGUUAGGAAGAAGGCCAUUAUGGCUUUACAUAGAUUUUAUCAGAGAUCUCCGUCUUCUGUUUCUCAUCUGGUGUCCAAUUUCAGAAAGAGGUUGUGCGAUAGUGACCCUGGAGUCAUGGGUGCAACACUUUGCCCUCUUGCUGAUCUUAUUGCAGUAGAUGUAAGUGCUUACAAAGAUUUAGUUGUCAGCUUUGUGAACAUUCUAAAGCAAGUAGCUGAGCGCAGAUUGCCAAAGAGUUACGAUUACCAUCAAAUGCCAGCACCAUUCAUUCAGAUCAGACUGCUGAAAAUUCUGGCUCAGCUCGGAAGUGGUGAUAAACAUGCUAGUGAAUGCAUGUAUACUGUUUUGGGUGACAUAUUCCGGAAGGGUGAUUCUUCUAGUAACAUAGGAAAUGCAAUUUUAUAUGAGUGCAUUUGUUGUGUUUCAUCUAUACAUCCCAGUCCAAAAUUGUUAGAUGCUGCUGCUGAAGUAACAUCCAGAUUUUUGAAGAGUGAAAGUCACAAUCUGAAGUAUAUGGGAAUUGAUGCGCUUAGCAGACUGAUUAAGAUAAAUCCAGACAUUGCGGAAGAACACCAGCUUGCUGUGAUCGAUUGCCUAGAGGAUCCAGAUGAUACUCUUAAAAGGAAGACAUUCGAACUGCUUUACAAAAUGACCAAGUCUUCCAAUGUGGAAGUGAUAGUGGACCGUAUGAUUGAUUACAUGAUAAGUAUUAGUGACAAUCAUUAUAAGACAGAGAUAGCAUCUCGAUGUGUUGAACUUGCCGAGCAAUUUGCACCAAGUAAUCAGUGGUUUAUUCAGACCAUGAAUAAGGUCUUUGAGCAUGCUGGUGAUCUUGUGAAUAUUAAAGUGGCACAUAAUUUAAUGCGACUCAUUGCUGAAGGAUUUGGAGAGGACGAUGAAGGUGCAGACAGUCAAUUGAGAUCCUCUGCUGUGGAGUCCUAUCUGCGCAUAAUGGGAGAGCCCAAGUUACCGUCCGGUUUUCUGCAAGUCAUUUGUUGGGUUCUGGGAGAGUAUGGGACGGCAGAUGGAAAAUUUUCUGCUUCUUACAUCAUUGGAAAACUAUGUGAUGUUGCAGAGGCCCAUUCAAAUGAUGACACUGUUAAGGCAUAUGCAGUGUCAGCUAUUAUGAAGGUAUCUGCAUUUGAAAUUGCAGCAGGGAGGAGAGUGGAAAUGUUGCCUGAGUGCCAAUCCCUAAUUGAUGAACUAUCAGCAUCUCAUUCAACAGACCUGCAGCAGCGUGCGUAUGAGCUGCAAGCAGUGCUCAGCUUGGAUGCUCGUGCCGUUGAAAGUAUAUUGCCAUUAGAUGCAAGCUGUGAAGAUAUUGAGGUGGACAAAAACCUCUACUUCCUAGAAAAUUAUGUUGAGCAGUCUUUGCAAAAUGGCGCUCGACCUUAUGUUCCCGAGCAUGAGCGCUCUGGAAUGUUAAAUAUCAGUAGUUUUAAAAGCCAAGAUCAACAUGAGUCUUCCGCUCAUGCUCUCCGGUUCGAGGCUUAUGAACUUCCGAAACCUUUGGUACCUUCAAGAACUGCACCUAGUAUGCCACUUCCUUCGUCAACUGAUCUCGUUCCAGUGUCGGAGUCGAUAUAUGCCAGAGAAAACCAUCAGUCCUCGUCAUUUUCAGCCACCGCUGAUUCAGGGCCAACGGAACUGAAGCUACGCCUUGACGGGGUUCAGAAGAAGUGGGGCAAACCAACUUACUCAUCUCCUGCACCAUCCAUCUCUAGUUCAAGUUCCCAGAAACCUGUGAACGGAAUUUCUCAAAAUGACGGACAAGGGACAACAAACUUGCAAACACGGGAUGUUUCAUACAGUUCAAGGAAAACACAAGAAGUUAAUCCGGAGAAGCAAAAACUUGCUGCUUCCCUAUUUGGUGGCUCGUCAUCCAAAACCGAGAAAAGAACAUCUACAGGCUCCCAUAAAACCUCAAGAGGCAGUUCUACUCAAGUGGAGAAGGGAACAUUUGUCGCUACUGAACCUACAAAAGAGAAAACCAUUCCUGUUCACUCUUCACCACCUCCCGAUUUGCUUGAUUUUGGAGAACCCUCAAUAUCAAGUGGAACCCCAGCUGUAGAUCCAUUUGAGCAGUUGGAGGGACUUGUUGGGCCAGCUCAGACCCCUCCGAAUGUGAGUUAUAGUGAUAGUAAAGCUCCUGAUUUGAUGGGACUUUAUGGCGAUGCACUUACCAGCAUUGUAAAUUUGGUACCAACUAACACGGAAUCCAUGGCACCAAAUUCCACAAAUAAAAAUGCCCACAGCGGAGUCACAAGUCCAGCACUGAAAAAGGGUUCCAACCCCCAAGAUUCCUUGGAAAAGGAUGCACUGUCAAGACAGAUGGGCGUCAUCCCGUCAGGUAAGAACCCUAACUUGUUCAGUGACUUGCUUGGCUAGAUUGUGGGGAAUUCAUCCUCAGGAAAUGGGUGUUGGAAACUUCUCUCAUGAAGAAACGGCUUGGCUCUGUGAUUCUCAUUUUUCAUCUGAUCACGAGGGGUUUUGGUUGGCUCAAUAGAAAGAGCUGCUGUUGAAAGACUUGAGUGUCCAGAAAGGAGGUAUCUGCUGAGAAACUCUUGACAAGCAUAACGAGGGUUUUGUAUUUGUUAGAAUAUAUGUUUGGUAGUGUUUUUUUUUUUUGUAGUGAAAAUAUAGGGGUUCGUGUACAUGAGUACACUGUUCAGGCAGUUGUCGCAAUGCAAUUAUACAAAAACAUCUCAGCAUUCAUCAAACCUGAGUGUUAGGAGUUUUAGAGCAUUUUGGCUUCAGGAGGUUUUGUUGAACGGUUCCUUUUUACUUGAUUUUCAUAUUGUUCAAUCACCAUAAAACUUGAAUAAUGUUGUAUCAUUGCUAUUUCGUUAGAGAAACUGGCUCGAUUUUUCUGCGUGAUA